GGAGCACAUCUGUGAUCUCUUGUCCAGUUUGGAGUUUGGAGUAGGCAGCACUUCAUGAGACUCAUAAAUGAAGCUGCCAGUGGAAGUGAAAUUGAGGGGGCGGUGGGAGGGCGAAGAGCUUAAAGCCUGAAGUUCUGCUGUGAAUCUAGACUGUUCAGCGCCAUGGCCCGGGAGGAGCUGGGCUACGACCGGAUGCCCCCACUGGAGCGCGGGCGGCCGGAUGCGGGGAGCUACGCCCCGGACACCAAGCCCAGUGACCUUCAGCUGUCUUCCAGGCUGCCCCCGUGCUUCAGCCACAAGACGUGGGUCUUCUCCGUGCUGAUGGGGAGCUGCCUGCUUGUGACCUCGGGCUUUUCCCUCUACCUGGGAAACGUGUUUCCUUUGGAGAUGGAUUACCUACGCUGUGCUGCAGGUUCAUGCAUCCCCUCAGCCAUAGUGAGCUUUGCUGUCUGGAGGAGAAACGUCAGCGCGAUUCCCAACUUCCAGAUACUGUUUGUGUCCACGUUUGCUGUCACCACGACGUGUUUGAUCUGGUUUGGAUGCAAACUUGUACUGAACCCGUCAGCAGUAGAUAUCAAUUUCAAUCUGAUUCUGCUGCUUCUGCUGGAGCUUUUCAUGGCAGCCACGGUGAUCAUCUCUGCGCGGUCCAGCGAGGCGCACUGCAAGCAGAAGGGCUCCAUCUCCGAGAGCACCAACAUUCUGUAUGAAGUGACAUUUCCUGCUCGGGUCCUGAAAUCCUAUUCUGUCAUCGAGGUGAUCGCCGGUGUCUCCGCCAUCCUUGGAGGGGUCAUCGCUCUGAACGUGGAUGACGCCAUCUCAGGCCCGCACCUUUCGGUGACGUUCUUUUGGAUCUUAGUGGCCUGUUUUCCAAGUGCCAUUGCCAGUCAUGUGACGGCAGAGUGUCCCAGCAGAUCUCUGGUGGAGGUGCUGAUAGCCAUCUGCAGCCUCGCGGCCCCGCUGCUGUUCACGGCCUCGGGGUACCUGUCCUUCAGCGUAAUGAGAAUCAUGGACGUCUUUAAAGAUUACCCGCCAGACUUCAAGUCCUACGACGCGCUUCUGCUGCUACUGAUGCUGGAGCUGCUGCUGCAGGCGGGCCUCAACACGGCCACGGUCAUCCAGUGCGUGCGCUUCAAGGCGGGCGCAUCCUGGGACGCCGCACAGACCGGCCCGCAGGGACGCCCGGCGGGAGAGUCACAGGUGUCCAGAAGCCCCCUGAAGGAGUUUGACAAGGAGAAAGCGUGGAGAGCCGUCAUGGUGCAAAUGGCCCAGUGACUGCGGACCCAGCCUGUUAACUUAACGCACAGACGCUAGUCGUCCCUGAGCCGCGACCUUCCAACUCGCCCCUCCCCUUUCGUAGGGCAGGCUGGGCUGCAACGUGGAGUUUUCAUUUCUUAUGGUAGUUUAAAUUUGAAAUAGGCAAACAUUGACUAUUUUGCGCUGACUGGGGGGGAUGGAAUCAGUUCAGUGCUCCGGAGGUGGCCUAACCACAGGAGCAGUGGCACGGGGCCCCCAGGUGAAGGAGGGGCCCACGCUAGAGCUGAAUUCUCCAGGCGCUGACAUUUGGGCAACCACGGGUCUCUGAGCUCCCGGUCCGACCAGUGACCGGCUGCCGGUGUCUGCUCCUCCAAACCUCGCCCCGCCUUCCUGACCUGCUUUUGUUGAGCACCUACUGUCCGCAGCCAGCAGACACACCUCGCUAAGCCGUGCGUGGAUCUCACCCAUUUCGGCCCUUCUCUUCUUGGGGGCCCAGCCCGCUGAGUGAGCAUGGAUUCCUUGACGAGGGCAGAGCUGCUUCCGCCCUGUCUCGAGAGCCCGUGGAGCUACUUCCCCCAGAGCCGGGGGUGCAGGGCAGCCCCCACCCCCAAUGCGCAGCCUUCCCCACGUGAAACCCACCUGCCUGCGUUUCUGCUCUCUCUAUACUUAAACCCAGUCUUUCCGGAAGGGCCCCCGUUCAGUGGCGCUGGUCCAUGCACGGGUGUCCUACACGGCCAGUGGAGACCCAGCUCAGCAGCAGUCAGCCUGCACCCGUCCCGAGCCCUCUGUCAACAACACUGGGGCCGCUCAGUGUUCUCUGGGGUAAGGCCCUUGUCCAAGGCUCUGAAAACUGACAGCUCACAUCUCCACGUCUCGGUGGCCUCCGUGUCCCGGGCGGGCCAGGAAGACAAAUGCCUUGGUCAGGCCCCCAGACAAGCACGGGGGCAGCAAGGUGGCUCUCACCUGCACACAAGCAGCCCCCACCCAGCCGCAGCCCACGGGGCCACCUCCCCUUCCUGCAGCUCCCCAGCCUGGACGGGAGCCAAGGGGACAGUGCAGGUGUGGCUGAUGUCUCCUGGGGGUCCAGAAAGUCUGAGUCUUAGAGCUGGAAUGAGGUGCCUGGGGGCUUAACACAGGCCUGCACUUUCUUAUUUCAGAGAGAGCUUGAAAAAUCCACACAAAUGGGGUUUUAAAAGUGUAUAGUCCUGUCUCUGUCAAUUUACAUUUUUGUGUGAUAUAGUUUAAUACUGCCUGAGCAAUAAAUGCUAACAUGUCAA